UGGCCAUGUUGAGAUCUAGGAUUUCCAGAAGAUGGAUGUCAAUGUCGUAUUUUUCAACAGAAUUCAACGCGCUGGCGAGUGAGGGUCCAGCCAAGUUUCGACACCUCUUACCUGAGGGCAGUCAGCAUGCUGGAACAAAUAUAGAUUUGGAUCUGUUUGUGAAUGCGGAUCAUCGGCAAAUGGACCUGGUGGACAGGCUGCUUAAGCUCAGAAAGCAAAAAGAAUGCAGCUAUGUUCCGCUUUUGCCGAGUCUGUUAGUGAAGCAAUUACUGGACUCCACAAAUCCCCAGGAGGUAAUCACGGUUCUGCGGAGUCCCAGCCAAUAUGGACUGUUUAUUGACCAGUUCUCCGGGUGUUUCCUUAUGGACCUAUUGUUGCACAGCGGAAACACAUUGGAAGCAGCGCAGAUUGCUGCUCUUCUUGUGGAGAGAGGCUUAUGCAAUAGCGAGCUGGUCGAGGCGUUAGCACUCCACUCAUUUUUUAGGUUCGUGAAAGACUUCAAGCCUUUGGAAUCGUCCGAGAAUAAACCUGCAGCACCUGCUCCUGAAGUGGAAAAAGUCCGUGUUAAAUUUAUUCGAAACUAUGUAGAAGAUACAAGUGAUAAGACGGAGGAAAAGGUUCUUGGUCGAGCUAUGAUUCUAUUGGGCUCUGGCUCAGGCACUCUGAAAGAGCUGAAACAAAACAUUUGUCUUCUUGGCUUUGUAUUGUGCGGUAAAUUACCUGAUGCUGUCAGUCUUCUGGCCAAAAACCGUGAGGUUUUCUACAAAGAAAUCCUCACCGCUUCCCAGAAUGUAGCUGAAAGUCUGAAACUGGAGGGCUCGGACGAGUUUACACAAUCGUUACAGCAAGCACUCGAUAAAUGCACGCAGACCAACUCCAUCCACGAAAAACUGGAGAGUAGUAUAAAAGGUAGUUCCCAAAAGUUCGAACCGAAACUCUUAGCUGAAUAUGGUCAGUCCUAUCAAGAAUGGUCCAAACAGUUUGAGAACGCUGUAAAGAAGUAUAUCGAGGAGCAGAGUCUAGUGGAACGGAAGGAUAGCAUUGAGAAAACGCUGAACGAGCUGGAAGCGAAGCGGCAAAACCUUUGGUUUUUUGAGAACAAGGAUGACAUCGAUAUUCAGAUAUACAAGAAGAAGGUCCAAUAUCCUAAGCGCUGGUUCGGAAAGAAAAAGACGCCAAAGGCAGCGGAUACGUUCUACGUGCCGCCAAGUGUCACGAGAUCCGCCAACUGACCCGAAGCCACGUCGGAGCCCAUACAUAGGUAAAAACAAGGCAAAUCCAAUUGUUUUUAAGCUUUAAUUAAACUACUGGAGAAUCAAUCCAAA